UGGAGACGCGGGAGGCUAGGCCGGCGUGGCGCCAAAAGUAACCCUACCGCCGUCCCCUUUCGUCUCUCCUGCCGGCGCGACGCAGGGGCGAACUCGGGGUCGGAGAGUCAGUACCCCCGGCGACCUUCCCGGCCCUCCAGAUAAAACCUGGCACUGCAUCUCACAGUAAGACAGAGGCAGUUUCAUAGAGAAAAGUAUUAGCUUGGCUGCCUCAGCAGUACCUUGUUGGCAGUCCAGAAGGUGCUGCAGAAAUCAUUGGUGUAGAACCAAAUCCCAAACCGGUGUCACCAGUAACAAAGCUGAAGGGGCCAACGACCACCACUGAUGGCGUUGUGGUGUGAGAACAUGUCGUUGCCGCCCCGUGUCCUUGUUGCUCCCCGCCCUUCUGGUGCCAAUGGUCAAGGGAAUAUUCUAUUACUUCGCCAUCCGAAACUAGAAGAAGAAACACAGUAUCUGUUCACUGAUGGCCAACUUCAUGAAUUCAAUUGGUUUAAGGAGCGUUACGGUUCUUGGUUCUUGGGAGAUUAUGUCUGUGAAGAUGGUAGCGUUUACUACUGCACACUUGUUGACCCCAUCUUCAUUCUUCUACCACUUUUCGAAGCUGCACGUAUGUCGAACGGUAAGGAUCUGGGAAAAUUCAGACAGCUGGAUGAAAUUUUAUACAUCGAAGGUUAUCCUGGAUAUCAGCACCUCAUGAGCAUAGCAGGAAAGCAUAUGGAACUGGUUUGUGAAGUUAAAGAAGUUGCUAAUAUGAAGUUCUUCAGGCUAGAUGAUUCCAAGGUCUUAACUUGGCUGUGCUGUAAGGUACACAGUAUAAAAGAGGCUAUCUCUAAGUUAGGUAAAAAUUAUGCUGCUCAAGGAGAAAGAGAACUGUUGAAAGAGGCUGUCCAAAUAAUUCGUGAAAACCUGAAGGAUGAACCAUGGCUAACAGUACUCUGCAAGAAGUUGCAGUUAGACAUCAAUGAGAUAAAUGAUAUGGCCAAAACCAAUAACACGUCAUUUUGUGCUGAUAGUUCUCCUGUACCUGCUCCAGCUCGUCCCUCAGAGGGGAGCGUAGGAAAUGGCAGUGCCAAGUCAAGCAAAGGGAGGCCUGCGAAGAAACUGAAGCCUGAGGUAGGAUCAAAGAACAUUAAAGACAUGUUCCGAAGGGUGACAAGGAGUGGGACAUAACCCCGUGCGGCCUGAUUUUAUCAUCAACAUCUCACAGGGUGCUUGAUAUUCUUGGAGUUGCCGGGUUAUCUCCAAAUCUGAUGUGCUGCGAUGCCAUCGACCAUUGUUGGUUCUUGACCCAGAAACCCCUAUAUGUAAGCUGCAUUAGCUCCUUGACGAACCCUGUUGAGCUGCACUAACUGUAGCCUUAGUAAAUCAGAUCUGUAGGGCGUCGAUUCAAUUGUUUGGACUAUGAACCUUGGAAUUUAUUCGUACCCAAAUUGUUAAUCUCAUUGAGCUGCCUGCUGAGGCUGUAACUGAACAUAUGCAGUUGCUUAA